UGUUUCCUUAGAAACCAAAGAAAAAAAGAGAUUCCUCAUUCACAUAACAAAAACCCAUUGCAUGUUUAUGACAUGAUUUACAUUAAUGACCUUAAUGAGAUAGCUGUUUCCACAUCUGAAGGGGAAGUGCUAUUCUUUGAUUACACGACGCUCUAUCAAGACGAUGGUGUUUUGCGAAUUUGGGUAUUGGACAAAAAGUUCUGUCAGCAUGAACUCAGAGCACACUGCAGUCCCAUUGUCAGUGUCAAGUAUAGUGUUUCCGUGAGAACCUUUUUCAGUGUUUCAACUGACAAAAAUGUAAGAAUCUGGAAUGAGUUAGAUUUGACCUGUUUGCAGAGUUUCUUUGUUGAUUGUUUGAAAACUAAAACCAUUUCUGCUGUGUGUUACGAGGAACACAACAAUGAGCUUGUUUUGGCUGAUAAAGAAUUAGCAAGAUGCCUUGGACAAGGAACAGAUGUCUUCAAGCAAAGAAUUCCAAGUCAUGACCAGCCAUUGUGGGAUGUUAUUUACAACAGUCAGUUCAAGCAGCUUGUCUCUCUAUCUCUUGAUGCUUGUAUACGAGUAUGGGAUAUUUUGACAGGAGAGUUUCUUUUGGAAUUCAGUGCCUUAUCAAAUGUAUUUAUGAAGCCAGUUGCUAUUAUGUUUGAUCCGACAAAUCGCAAAUUAUUGGCCUGA